AAAGUUUUUAAAAAAAUUGAUUUGAUUUUUAUUUAUUUAUUUUUUUUUUAAAUAUUUCAAAAUUGAAAACAUAUCUACAAGAAAAUGUGUUCAAUGUCACUGCUAUGUCCAUUAUGUGCUCAAACAAAUUUCUCAAGUAUAGAUGCAUUGCGUUGCAGUCUAAUUAAAGCGGCAAAUGGCCCGUUAUCUUGUCCCAUUUGUCAUGAGUUGUUUUUAGGUUUAGAUAAAUUGACGAUACACCUUUUUAGUCAUACAACGAAUCUUAUAAAUAAUAUAGCAUUGCAGGAGGAGACGCCCACCUCAAUCAAUAAAAUAGCAAAUGCGACGCUUGGGCAUUCUUCGUCGUCGUUUGCCUUAAGAAAAGAAAACGAAGAAAAGCAAUUAGAUCUUGAGUUGAAUUAUAAAAAUAUUCCCCAGUCAUUGUCGUCAGCUGCUGUGGUAAAACAACGAUCACAACAGAAAAAUGAACAAGAACAUCGAGCAGAAGACGAAGAAGAAGAAGAAGAAGAAUUAAUGACCGGAUUAAAUACUGAUGAAAAUCUGGCUACAUGCGAUAUUUGUGAAUUUACGUUUCGUAAUCAAAAUUUAAGAGACAUGCAUAUUAAGUUAGUCCAUCAAAACUUACCACCACAAUACGCAACAUUACAAUCAUCUUGUAAUAUAAAUAAUACCGAAAAUGAUAUUAACAGUGAGCAAUUAAAUGGUGGACUUGAUUUUAAAUGUCAUUUAUGUGCAAAGACUUUUAAAAUGAAAGGUUCUCUAAGGGUUCAUUUAAAAGUGGUGCAUUUAGUGGGUCUACCAUAUGGCAAUUCGACGAAUAAAUUAAAUAUCUGUGAUCGUAUACGUUUAAAAGCGAUUAAUAUAACCCAAACGAAAUUCAAUAACAGUAAUAAGCAAUCAAGUGCCUCGAUCUUAAUAAGAACUCCUCCUAGCAAUACUUCGAAUUUUAAUCAUAACCGAUAUCAAGGUGAAAACGCUUCAAUUGUCUUCAAACCAUUUCCCAAUUUACAGCUUGCUCAGAAUAUUUCAUCCAUUUGUCCAAGGGAUAACUCUCUCGAGUCAGAAUCUGAGAGUAGAGUUAACAGCAACCCUGACUCCGAUAGUAUAAUGGCGCUUACUCAAAAUCACGAGAGCAAAGAAUUGCAAUCAAAAUCGAACAAUUGUAAUAACAGCCUAUCAAGUUUGGAAAAUCCGAAAAUUUGGGAUUGCGAAGUAUGCUCGAAAAGUUUCACUACAAAAUAUUUUCUUAAAAAACAUAAACGCCUACAUACCGGUGAGAUGCCCUACACUUGUGAGAUAUGUGCUCGCACCUUUACCUUCCAGCAAUCUUAUCAUAAACAUUUAUUAUAUCAUAGUGAUGAGAAGCCACAUGUCUGCCAUACGUGUGGUCGAGCGUUUAAAGAAUUGUCAACAUUACACAAUCAUGAGCGGAUUCACAGCGGGGAGAAACCAUUUAAAUGUGAAGUAUGCGGAAAAUGUUUCCGUCAACGAGUUUCAUUUCUGGUACAUACACGAAUUCAUACCGGAGUAAUGCCCUACAAAUGUGAAUUAUGCCAGAAGAGCUUCCGUUAUAAAGUGUCCCAACGCACGCAUAAAUGUCAAUCAUCAAACGAAGACGGGAACAAAAUUGCGACUACAUUAGAUGAUAUAUCAGAGAAUUUUAUUAAAGCAUUUUUAGAGGAAAAUUCUUCUGUUGCUACAUCAUCACAACGUAUUACCAUAAACAAUACAAUAUUUAAAGACGGAGGCGAAACCGCCCAUUUCAACCAUUUGCAAAAUUCACCUACAAGUGCUGAAAUAACGGAAAUCAUUGAAAAACGUCAAGACGUUUUACUUCCAAUCAAAAUUAUUGAUGAAAUGGUUGCAGAAUCCUGUCAGAAACUAGGUAUUACGGCUAACGAAAAUUGCAAAAGCGUUUCCGAUGACAAUAGUAUUUCGCUAUCUCCAACGCAACAAUUACAGAAUAUGCGUUUAUACUCACCGCAACUGAUAGCUUCGGAUUUAAAUGCUUUUGAAAGCGAUUUGACCAGAUUUUUAUUAGAUAGCUCUGAGAAUGGUGCAAGCGUCUUGUGAAAAUCUCCGCUAAGAUAUGGAUAGAGCGUACACAUCUUGGCCUUUUGGAAUGUACAGCGGCUGCAUCAUUUCGUUCUUACCAUAGGAUGUGCGUUCAUUUUCGUAGAUUUGUUUGCGAUAAUUGAAAAAAGAUACCGACUACACUUUAGUCAAAGUCUAGUGUACCGUUAGACGUGUUCAAAGAACAUUUCUUCUCUUGGGAAUAAGCCCGAAUUUACUCUUUUUCUUGAGUAUCGUAAAAAUGGAAGUGCUUCACAGAGAGAGGCUAUGAAAUAUCACGACUGAAACGAUUGAUAAUCAGAAAAAGCAUCGCAUGGCGCACUUAGCAGUUGGGGUAGCAUAUGCGAAUUCCAUAUAUCCAGACUAAUGCGAUAUACAUCCGAGCGAUGCCAUGCCAGAAAAUCAACCUAGAACGUCUGCUCGUACAAGAAGAUCAUCUUCGUUUAAUAAUCGACUUGAUGGCAACAGUUGUUGUUGGUGGCAUUUCUGGGACAUUCUGGUCAUCUUGCCCUUAAAGGUCUCUUUAAUUAAAUUAGCUUCAGUUAUGGUUUUGUAUGAAUUGGAGCAGAUCAGAGCAUUUUACGCGUAGUUAAGGCCAUUGUGCAGAAAGGCUGUAUCCAUUUUUAUACCCUACACCACUUAUGAUGCAAAGAUAUAUUAAGUUUUUACAAGGCAGAAGUAUUUAAUCGGCUGAUCCCCACUGACUUUCGGAAUCGCGAUAAGCUUGUCUGAACGAUAUUGAAAUUGAUUUGGAUUAAACCAUUUCUUCAACUUCUGCUGUAUAAGGCCUUAUUUUGAAUAUUCGUUAUAUUCGUUUCAGGCGGAGUGGAGUAGGGUUUCUAACAACGGUAGGCCAAGCUUCACUAUAAGUUUUUUUAUUUGUUUUCGCUUCGAAUUAUCGAAGCAUAUUCAUUUUUGAUCGCCUGCCAUGUUUCAAUACACCGUAACACGCCCCGCAAGCCAUCCUUAUGGCACAUAAGUCCAAGUAUUCAAAGCAAGGAAAAUUUGCGUUAAUUUUGCAUCGAUGAGAUCUUGUACUUCCAAAUUUCAAAUGGUAGGCAUACUCUGCCUUAGGUCUUGGUCAAUACUUUCUCAAUACCUAGUCUAUCUGUCCUUCCCAUUCAUUUUUUUACAUUCUAAAAAAGUUUCGGGCGAAUAAGCCAUAUUUGGCAAGCCAAUUACCCACUUUUUCUUGACUUGGCUUCUUCGCUUAGAUAGUAUAGAAAAAAGGAAGUUAGCAUACCUUAUAGCAUAUAAAAGAUGUUUAUGAGAGAACCUACAGAGAAGUUCUUACUAACAAGAAAACUCCCUAAAUUUAUUGUGCAUACGUAGAUAAAUUUUCUUUCGAUUUCACAUAAAUUUCCUGAUCAAACUAUCAACUGAUUAGAUUUUUUUCAAAAAGAAUUUCACCUUUUCUCAUAUAUUUGAAGAAGACCGCAAUAUAAGAAUAAUUUGUAAAAAAUAUAAACGCGAGUGAGUCUCUUUCGUGGAAGCAGCAGUAAGCUUCGAGCCGCGGCUUGAUCUGUAUCUUCACCUUUACACACACAAACGAUUAACAGAUAAAAUAUCGUAUUAGGACACUGCCCACCAUUAAGCACUCCACAUCACACCGCUUCAUACGGUUACUUUCCAAUCUAUGGCCUUAUAUAGGAAGUGGUAGACAAAGUAUUCCAAUCCGAAUCAUUUCCAAUUUGUCUUCGAAAUUGUCCGUUUGUCUUUGGUUUAAAUUGCAUUAAAAUAUCUCGUAAGAUGAACAGAGAAAAACAAGAUGAAUGAUUGGACAGAUGGACAAACAAGCUUAGAUCGAUUCAAAAUCACUUUAUAAUAAAAGAUAAUUCUAGCAGAAAUUUUUGCAGCUGUUUGCACACAUUCAAGCAAACUUAUUAUUAUACUCUUAUACCGCGAGAUUGAAAAUCAAAAUUGUAUUGAGAGAGACAGAGAAAA